UUUUGCAUUAAAUACGAGAAUUAUGAAGCCAUAUACCGGAAGAAACUUAAAUGAAGAACAAAAAAUAUGCAAUUAUAGAUUUUCUCGGGCUAGGCGAACAGUCGAAAGCGCAUUUGGAAUAUUUUCCAAUAGAUGGAGAAUAUUUCGACAAUCCAUUUGUAUGCUGCCAAAAACAGCCGAUUUGAUGACAACAGCAUCGCUUUGCUUACAUAAUUUUGUAAUGGUUGAAGAAGAACGCUGUAAACUAAAGUUAUAUAGCACAACUGAAUUUCUUGAAAACGAUACAAAUAAUCAGGAAAUGCAGUGGUUGUCUUCAUCGGAAAACCUAUGUUAUAAUGAAACCGUAUCUUCUGCUUCGAAACAAAGAGACACAUUGUGUAAAUAUUUUAUAUCACCUGAAGGAGAAGUACCGUGGCAAUACGAUUACGUGCAAAGAGGAACAUAUGGUGAAAAUAUUUAAUAAUAUUAUAAAAAUAAUGGUUUUUAUACACAUACAUUUAAUUUUUAGUUAUUUAUUUAAUCUUAUUCUUUCUAAUAAAAUGUUAAUAUGAAAAAAGAAUGUGUUCAAGAAUUAUAUAGCUUGAUAUUUUUUAGCACUUUUUUGACAACAUAAUUUCUAAACUGAGCUCUACUUAAGUAAAAAAAUGAAUAAGAUAA